AUGGCGGGGCAGGGCACCGAGACACCAUGCGAGGCACUUCGCUUCCACCCUGAGGCCAAGGGCACACAGGUGUGUCUGGAUACACGCCGUUGCACUGCGCGGCGCCUUGCCACCUUCCACGACGCCAUCGUGUUCAGCCAGAGACCUGUGCAGCCCGGCGAGCGCGUGACGCUGCGUGUGCUGCGGCAAGAGAACUGUUGGUGCGGCGGCCUCCGCGUGGGCUUCACGCGCCUGGACCCCGCACGGGUGCCCGCGCUCAGCCUGCCGCCCUUCGUGUGUCCUGACCUGGAGGAGCAGAGCCCUACGUGGGCGGCUGUGCUGCCUGAGGGCUGCCCGCUCUUGGGGGAUGUGGUUUGCUUCUGGGUGAACCGUCGGGGCCAGCUCUUCGCUGAGGUCAACGGGGGCCCUCGGAUCCUGCUGCGCAGAGGUGUGCGUGUGGGCGCCCCUCUCUGGGCGGUGAUGGACGUGUAUGGGACCACCAAGGCCAUCGAACUGCUGGGUGAGGCAACCUACCACACAGCCAGACCAUUCCCCACCACCAAACCACGUUUCCUUGGUGAUGAUGCUGUGUCUGAGCCUGAAGCCGUAGCAGGAGAGGAGUGUGCCAUCUGCUUCCACCAUGCUGCCAACACCUGUCUUCACCCCUGUGGCCACAAACACUUCUGCAGCUCCUGUGCCUGGAGAAUCUUCAGGGAUACGGCCAAGUGCCCGGUGUGCCGCAGAGAGAUCAAAGCAGUGACACAGAUGCAGGGCCCUCCGGCUCUGAGGUCUGAAGAAGGCUCAUGA